AUGGAGGUGAGUGCGAAGGGCAGACUCUCUCUCUCUAUCAUCCUCUCCUCCUAUCUCAGUCUUCCUCCUAUUCAGCCUGCUCAUGCUUCUUCCCCAUGGUUGGGCUCCGCAGGACGCUCCAAAGAGGCCAAGGUUUCCCCAAUUUGGCAACUGGGAGUGCUACGAUGAUCUCUCAAUGACACAGUACUUCGAGUCGACCUCACAGACGGGGCUGAAGCGGCAAGAUGCUGCCGGCAGCGGAAGCCGCGUGGGGCGUGGAAGAAACCCUUACUACCCUCCGCCGGUUCCUCACUGUUACUACUACGGGGUGGAUUCUGAGGGGGCGCUCUUUAAAGUCCCCGUUCUGGCUCCAGUUGUGUUAACCGAUUAUCCCUGGAAGGUACUCUUCUUCUCUUGUUUUUAUAUAAUGUAACCUCAACGCCCUUCUAUCUCUCUCUCCCCUUCUCUCUUUCUCUCUUUCUCACUGUUGGGUGUGCAGACGACGAAGGAAGCGUCUGCGAAUAAGCGGACGAAACAAUACAGGCAUCAACGGCAGCAGCAUCUGAAGCGAGAGCAAAGGAAGCAGGGAAAGGUCUAUGACUACGAUGUUACUGUCCAGCUGCCUGCGAGGCCGCCCAGGCCACCCAAGGCUGUCGACGAGGACCUCUACAAGAUUCCUCCGGAGCUCCUCCGCCGGAAACUCGGGAAGGUAACCCUCUCUCUCUCUCUAUCGCUCUAUCGUCCUACAGUGAUCACCUUUCUGAGCUCGCUCAACGGCUUAUCUCCCUCUUGUUUCUUCGUUCCUUUAUCAGAAGAAGAUUCUGAACGGGGAUUUCUGGUCAAGAUGUCUGGGCCUGAACUGCGUCAUCUGA